AUAUAUUCGGAGAUUGGGGAGAAAGCUUCUCUCAGUUGCGAUCGUGCAGCAGAGUCGGAGGCAUUGGUCGUCGUCCGUGGACUCGUGGAGCGUGAAAGUUCUGCAGUGAAAGCUCUGCACCACACUUGCAUCCAAUCAAGUAACACACUCCGCACUGUUUCUACUUCCUGCCAUCUCCUACAAAUUGGCAAUGCCACCACGACUUUGGUCAUUACCAGCACCUCCACACUUCAGAUUCACGUGUUACUCGCAAUAAGCGCCGGUCGUAUCGUAAUCCUUUUGAAUAAUCCGGCCCGAUUUAACGUUGCCGUUAAUGGAUCAGUCAUUAAUUGGCGUGGGAGAAAUAAAAGAAGAAAUUAACUACCACCACCACCUCGCCAUUACGAGAAGCAGGGAUGGAUUUGCUGGUCCAAAUCAGGAAAGAGGUCGACGUGGCGGCCUGCUGCACCGCUUGGUGCACGGAUAUUAAAAAGUUCAACGUUAAGAAGCCAUGCUGCGGAUAUACACUGCAUAAUGGAUUGGUCGCAAUUGCAAUUUUGGAUGUGAUAGGAGCGGUUCUCGCAAUUCUACCCUUGGUAAUUAUGUUGGUGUCCGUAACGGUUUUUAGAGAUCUUAUGCAAAGCAUUAGAGAGGAUUUGUCUCUCCUACCGAUGGAUUCGGCCAAAACUGUGGAAAAGUCAUUCACUAUGUUUCUGUCUAUCCUCACUCUCGUCAUAAGUGUCAGUCUCCUGGAGUUCUAUCUGGCCAUGUUGUUACUCCACCAAAAGAAGCUCACCAGUUGUUACAAGUGGUGGAGAUUGGUGGUCGUGGUCCUCAUCGCCAUUCUGUUCGGGAUCUCAUCCAUCAUCAUCGAGGCGUACAGGAUUCCUCUCCUUGUUUUGGGCUGCAUCCUCUGCGGCUACAAAAUGUAUUGCUACUGGAUCGUCACGCUGUACAUUGCGACGAUCGGGACAAUGGAGAAAGAUAGUGAAAUGACCCUGCCAACCGUGUGCAGUGAAAUUGACAACUUCACACAGAUAUAAGUAAUUAAGUACUUAACUCAAACAAACUUAAUGAAGCAGAGUAAUCUACAUAUUUAAAUAGCUAGACUUUCUUCACCCAACCCGAAUAAUGAAAUGACAAACACCACAAAUAUCAAUUAGAUGUUGUACGAUGUAAAUCCAUGAUUAGCAUAUUGCCCCAGUUCAUACAUAAAUACGUAUUUAACUCUUAUUAAUGGACUCUGCAUUAAUUAAUUAGACUAAUUUUAUCCCAAUAAUAAUGACAAUCCUGUACAAUCCAGUACUCCAAUUAUUAGAUUGGAAGAUAGAACCCUAUACAUUUUGUAUUAUGUCAAACAAACCCGGUAGAACUUUCACCCUGAUUAAUUACACCUUUCUCAACACAUCCAUCACUUAAAUACUCUACACUUCGUACUACGCAAAUUAAACACCAGAAAAAGACAUUUCAUAGCCUGCCUCUGGAUCAAAGCCAAAACUAACUCAACUAACUCAUUACUCAUUAUUAUACUCACUCAACUUACUCAUUAAUACAAUUCUGAAUGAACUGAUGACAACUAACUCGCAUGAGAUUGAAUACGCUCUCACUCAACCCACUCACUUACUACUAAUAAAUAAUCAAUUAAUAAUGAUUAAUUUAUAAUCGCAUUUGAUAGAAGAGUUAUUUAUUAGAACGCAAAAGAUUGAAUCCAAAUGUCGUGAUACUACAUAUUUCGCUCUCAACCAACAAUCUGUGACCUUAUGAAAUAUUAUGUACCUUCAUUGUAUGACUGUCAGUGUACUGUAUUAUAGUAAUUAAUUACACACAUUACAAAAAUUAACUAACUAACCUGUUUAAACUUGUACGAUUUAGAUAUUAUGUACUAUACUAUGUGUAUAUGCAAAUAUACGUAUAAAUUUAUCAUAUAUAAUGUUGAUGAUCCCGAUGUUGAUGAUAGAAAACUUUUGUUUGAAUAAAUAACCAAAAUUUGGUAUAAUUCAAAAACA